UCUGUUCGCAAAUUCCGCACUUUUUCGACACGGGCGCCACCGGACUUGGAGGACACUUUAAUAAUUGGCUCAAAGAGAGGAGUGAUCUUGUUAUGUACGAUCGUUGCCGAGAUUCAUGGGCGGCCAUUUGAUUCUUCGUAGAGAAGUAUUUCUUUUUUCUUGAGUUUGAAAGAGAAAACCGAAACACGAAACAGAGAAACAAAAGAUGUCAAAAACAAAGAGCUUGAUCGGCGGAUGUCUGGGGUAUAGUUGCACUCAGACGACAUGAGUUCGAUUCCGGAGCGGGGAGAAUUUGUAAUAAAUAUCUUUUUUGGGAAGAGUUUUACGGCGCUCCCAACUGCAUAAGGUCAUACGAGCGCGCGAAACACAAGUUGGUUGCAUUCACAAAAGUUCACUGCCCGACUUGGCUGGGGUCAACGAUUAGGUUUAAAAUGUAAAAAACUUGAGGUAAAAUAACAGUUUAAAAGUGAUAACCUGCUUUAAAUCAAAAUGACUUUUCACAAUUUAACGUAAAGGCCAAUAGCCUUGCCUUUAUAAAAUCGAGAAUUCUGUUGGGAUCAAUGACAGAGAACAGAUCUUGAAAUUUUUUGCAUUUAGAAUACUUCAUUCGGGUCGCUCCAAAGUCUUGACUUGUGUGUUUGGGACGUGUGUCCGAUCCGUAAUCGAGUAAAAAUGACUUCGUCCCUUCUGGAGAGGCCUGACGGGUUUUGUGGACCCAGUUUGGGCUUAAUAUUGUGUAGUUUAUUAUUUAUUUGUUUGUUCCAAUGAAUCUCCCACAGACAGGAGGUGUAGCUUUUGACUUUAUUUUUAAAGUCAGUUUGUUGGAGAGUGUUUGUCGUUGAUCCCAACUGAAUAUCUUUGUCUUUCUUCAGGGAUGUUGUAUCCCUCUCAGCCCGGGUUUACCCUGGUAGUCAGGGUUAAAGCCCACGUUCUAAAUCAUUAGAAGAUUUAAUUUGUGUUGAAGGGAUCAUAAAAAGCCCUUGCAUUAAUUAUAGCCUUAAAUGAAUAAGUGAAUGAAUAAAUAAAUAGGAAAGAAAGAAAGAAAGAAAGAGAGAAAGAAAGAAAUACUUUUUUUGGUGUAAAAUGAAGAAAUACAAUUUUAGAGUGCAAUAGUCGGUCACAGCUCCUUUUGGCAUUCUGAAAGACGUUUCAUGUUUCCUAUCAGCCAGUUAUCCGUCGACGAGAAAAGGGGGGGGGGGAUCUUCGUACGCUCCCAAUAAGCAAGAUAAGUCGCCAGUCUGAACCGCGGAAUUGACCACAUGUAUAUUAUCAGCCGGUACUGGUCAAGCGGUCAGUCCGUCUGGUAGAGAGCUGUACCCUCACACUGGACGUGGCUCGUGGCUCGCCUGGUUGUCAAGGAGUGUCUUCGUCACCGCAGAUAGCUGGACUUUCGGGCGGGAGAGAUCGCAGCAGAGCAGAGUCAGGUGUAGAUUGUUCAACCAACGACCAGCAGAGAAACAAGCAGCAUGCGUUGUAUUCUGUCACUUCUCACUGUCCUCGCUCUCGGGAGGCCGUGUGUAAGCAUCCGCUGUGAAGAUGCUGACAUUGACUGCGCCAAAAUGGACAGAGAGCACGGACUCUGCAAAGACGAUUACGAUUCCGUGAUGUAUUGCCCAAAGUACUGUGGAAUUUGCACGGAGACAACACCGGACCCAAUCUGUCGAGACUUCGAUCACCAGUGCCCCAUCCUGGCCAACACCAAAUUCUGUGGGCUGGAAAUCUCCAAAGAACUGUGCCCCAAGUCUUGCUUCGUCUGUGGUACGACUACAACAACGACUACAACAACCACCACCACGACAACCACAACAACGACAACCACCCCUACAACAACCAUCGGGUACAUCGAAAUUCAGGACCCAGCCUGUCAGGACAAAGACCCCGACUGCAUUGCGCUGCUCAAGAUUCACUUCUGCGGAGACACGGCGCUUGUCUCCAGGUUGUGCCAGCGGUCAUGUGACCUUUGCCCCAAAAUUCUGGUUCCCGCAACUCAAGUCCCAGAAAAUGACACAUCUUCAGGCUCGCAGAAUGUUACAACAACACAGGUCCCUAUCCAGCAGUGCGUGGACUACGAUGACUCAUGCCCCAGUUACAUUGACCAGUGUGGCAACGAUUCCCUGGUGGACAGUGCAUGUCGACUCACCUGUAAUCUCCCGCCCUGUCAUAUAUUAGUCUUUCUGGAGACGUUAGGAGACUUUCAGACCCUUUCUAUGCUGAAACUAAAACAUACAGCUAUAAUAGAAAGACACUACCAAGAAAGAGACAGGGAGAAUGAAUAA